AGAAAUUUCUUCCCACUUCACUGCGCGAUUUCAUUUCAUUUUUGUCUUGAAGAUGCAACCUCGAAAGCUUCAUGGACUUAUAACAACAGCCACCCCCGACUCUUCAGAAUACGAUAGAAAGCCAGAAAAUUGUCUAGUUGUGGUUGAGAGGGAAGUUCCUGAUUUAUCUGGUGCACAAUUGCUAGUGAAAGUAAGGGCAACAGCUAUCAAUCGUGCGGACAUAAUGCAACGCCACGGUCGCUAUCCUCCACCGCCAGGUGAAACGGACAUUUUAGGUUUAGAAUGUGCUGGAGAGAUCGUAGAAGUUGGCCCUGGUUGUAAGAGAGAUUGGAAGAGGGGUGAUCGAGUGAUGGCCCUGGUGGGAGGAGGAGGUUAUGCUGAUCUGUGCGUUGUAGAAGAAGCGUGUACAAUUCACAUUCCUGAGAAUUGGACGUUUGAGCAAGCUGCAGCCGUUCCAGAAGCCUGGCUUACUGCCUCACAAUUGUUGAUGUUUGUGGCUCAAACAAAACCUGGUGAUUGGGUUCUUAUUCACGCCGGAGCUUCAGGAGUAGGUUUGGCUGCUGUUCAAAUUGCCACCAAAGUAGUUGGCGCGAAAGCAAUCUGUACCGCUGGGUCUCAAGAGAAGUUGAACGCUUGUAUUGCAAGAGGAGCGUCAGAAGCACUAAACUAUAAAGAUGCUGAUGGUGCUUUUUCAGAACGAGUAUUGCAGAUAACAGAAGGCCAUGGAGUUGAUGUUAUUCUGGAUUGUAUCGGAGGUUCCAUGUAUGAGCAAAAUGCUAAAUGUUUGGCGAUAGACGCCCGUUGGGUGAUUUAUGGCACAUUAGGUGGAACUAAAGUUCCAUCAUUCGACUUGCGUGUUUUAAUGAGUAAACGUGCUUCUAUGUUAGCUUCGACGCUGCGUAACCGAGAUUUAUCUUACAAAGCUAGUUUGAUUAAGAAUUUGGAGCAAUACAUUAUGCCCAGAUUUGUAUCAAAAGAAUGCGAGCCUGUCAUCGCAAAGGUAUUUUAUUCGUUGGAAAGCGUUCCAGAAGCACAUCGUUUCGUGGAAUCAAAUGCAAACAUUGGUAAAGUUGUAGUUUCUUUAACAGAUGAAACCAGCAGCCUAUGAACUUAUCUAUUUUCGUCGUCAAUAAAAGUGUGAAACGAUUGUAUUCCUAUUGAAACAUUUUUUGACUAUAGGUUACGUAAACUUAUUAACUAAACUGAAUUGAAUUUGUUUUG